UCUCAUAGACGGGAUCACCUCGGAUCAGACAGACCCUUAAUUCUUUCCCUUUUCCCUUCUUUUAUUAGGUACGCUAGUCUCGAGUCAGUCUGCUCCAGAGUUGUGGCUUUCGCCACUAACACCGUCUGGUGACCUGCCCCACCAGAACAUGGACUCGGGAUUACACUAACUUGAGCCGAGCUUUAGAACACUUGACUUUCAAUUUCUUGUUGAUUUCUUGAAAAUCACCCGCUGCCGUAGGCAAGCAUCCAAAAAGGCAUCGCAGUCAGGCAGUUGCGGGCUCUACUGCUUGAAGAAAUUGGGGGUUGUGAUCGUGUGUGUCUGCGGCAAUGACCCAGUACAAGCAUUGUCAUCAGUAAUAUAGCAAGAUGGCGGAAGUCAUCAUCAACCCUCCCGACUCCCUGGCGGAGAGGGUUCGAGACAUCACUCAGUAUCUUUACCCGGACCUCCUUCUGUUUGUCUUCAUUGUUGUCGGCGCUACCCACUCCGUCUACACCGCUAUGCGUAAGGAGGAUGUGGUUGCACCUACUGUUCGAGGCCCAGGCGGCAAGCCGCUACCAGUCACCAAGAGGAGAUUGUCCGACGACGACGCGUCGGAACCUGAAAAAUUCAGCCCACAUGCUAGGAGGUUUUUCCAGUAUUCUAUGAUUGUAGCGACCUCGACAUUUAUUGCUAUGGGCGGUGCAAUUGCUACACGUGCCUUGAUCCACAGGGACGCGGAAGGCGAACAUGGCUGGUGGUGCGGCGAGCCGAAAACUGUGUUUGUGCUCGGAUCGGCAUUUCUUUAUGUGUACUGGACUUUGACGAUGUUCGACUGGAAAAGUAGCCCGAGCCUGGUUCAUAUCCUCACUUGGAGCUUUGCGCUUAUUGGGGAAAUCAUCAUCUUCGUUUGCGACGCGGUAGUCUUAUCCGGCCCCCAUAAACUCAUGGUCAAUCUCAAUCGUCAAAAAUACGUGAUUGUAAGCGGCCUUAACAAGUGGGAUAUGGUCGACCUCGGCCUAUCACUCGGAAGAAUCGCUAUUCUGGUCGGUAUGCUCCUAGUUUAUUAUACCAUUAUCCUUAUAAGAACCCGGGAGCAGCCGGAAAAAUACGAGCAAGGGCAGGAAUAUCAUUACGAAGCUGACGAAUCCACGCCACUCCUGAAUGGCGACGCUAAUGGCUACCGCACCAAUGGACAUGCUUCUCACCCGGGCGCAAACGGCGCCGCCAACGGUAACGCUAACGGCACUGCCGAUGCGAGCCACCCCAUGGUUGACGAAGAUGCCGGGUUUUACCGUCCGGAAAAGCUACCGCAUACCACCUGGUUUGAGUAUCUUCGUGGUUACUCCGUUUUUUUCCCGUACAUGUGGCCUAAUAAGCAACUGCGGCUCCAGAUUAUUGUAGUAAUCUGUUUCAUUCUAUUAGCUCUGCAGCGAUGGGUGAAUAUUAUGGUCCCUUACCAGAUCGGUACGGUCACCAACCAGCUCUCUGGAGAUGAUCUGAAGGAUGGCGAGAAGCGUACGAUGCCGUGGCUCCCGCUCGGCUUGCUCAUUCUGUAUAAGCUACUGCAGGGCCCGUCUGGGCUUUUAGGAUCUUUGAGAUCUCUGCUAUGGAUUCCCGUUUCUCAGCACACGUAUCGAGCUCUUACCACAUCCGCAUUCGAGCACGUGCAUUCCCUAAGCCUCGAUUUCCACCUAGGAAAAAGGACCGGCGAGGUUUUAUCAGCGUUGAACAAGGGCUCUUCGGUCAACUCCUUCCUCGAGCAAGUUACAUUCCAAGUUUUUCCGAUGCUCAUCGACUUGUUUGUUGCUAUCAGCUACUUUUACGUCAGGUUUGAUGCCGUAUAUGCUGUCAUCGUUUGCGCAAUCACAUUCUAUUAUUUGUUUUUGACAAUACGAAUGGCGUCUAAGACCGCCGACCAGAGGCGAGCCAUGUCCAACGCGGACAGGGAGGAAGAGGCAGUCAAGAAUGACUCCAUUAUCUCGUACGAGACGGUAAAGUAUUUCAACGCGGAAGACUUCGAAUUCAAUCGUUAUAGAGAGGCCAUAAACAAUUUCCAAGUCGCCGAGGCCAAGGUUACGUGGAGUAUAAGUACGAUGAACAUUUGCCAGUCGUUGGUUUUUAUGAUAGGGAUGCUGGUUGCCAUGAUGCUUGGGUCAUAUCAGGUAACAAUGGGCACCCGAAAAGUAGGUGACUUUGUUACAUUGAUGACCUACCUGAGCCAGCUCCAGGGUCCACUCAACUUCUUCGGCACAUUCUACCGUACCGUCCAGCAAGCCAUGAUAUCCGGGGAGCGUCUCCUGGAGCUUUUCAAGCAACGUCCGACGGUGGUGGAUCGUCCAGGCGCCGCUAACGUCACUUCGUGUGAAGGCCGUGUCGAAUUUUCUAAGGUCAAAUUCGCAUACGACAAGAGGAAGCCUGCGCUUAGGAAUCUCACCUUCACAUGUGAGCCCGGCACGACUACGGCGCUCGUCGGCGAGUCCGGUGGCGGGAAAUCUACCCUUUUCCGACUAAUGUAUCGCUACUUCAACUGCCAGGAGGGUAACAUUAAAAUAGACGGGCGCGAUAUUAAGGAUGUCACUAUCGAUUCUGUUCGACGCUACAUAGGAGUAGUGCCGCAAGAUACGGUAUUAUUUAACGACACCCUCAUGUACAACCUGAGGUACGCCAACCAGCAUGCGACCGACGACGAUAUUAUUGCCGCAUGUCAAGCCGCCAGCAUACAUGACAGGAUCAUGUCUUUCCCCGACGGCUAUAACACCAAGGUCGGAGAGCGAGGCCUUCGCUUAAGUGGCGGUGAGAAGCAGCGGGUUGCGAUUGCCCGAACCCUGCUUAAGAAUCCUAAAAUUAUCAUGCUGGACGAGGCUACAUCGGCUCUUGAUAGCCACACGGAGCAACAGAUUCAGUCCCGACUAGCUACCAUCGGCCGCGGCCGUACGUUGCUAAUCAUCGCACAUCGUCUAUCUACUAUUACCCACGCAGAUCAAAUUCUUGUUCUGCAUCAAGGAACUAUCGUCGAGAAGGGAACGCACGAGAAGCUUCUUGAGCUUAAUGGUCGAUACGCAUCUAUGUGGAAUCGCCAGGCAAAGGCCGAAAAAGCAGCCGAGGACGCACGUAAUGCGACGCGUAAGGCUGAAAAGCUUUUGCGAAAGGCUAAUAUCCCUUCUCCUCCGGGAGACCACCACAACCGGAAUGAGCACUCUAACAAUGACGACUCGAGCAGCUCGUCCGAUGAGUCUGUUACUCUCGGACGACAUGGUAGUCAGUCCGAUUCUACGACGCCGGUUGAAGGCUCCCCUCGAUCGACCCACUAAUUCUAAUGUUCACAACUGCACAACUGACUCGGGCUCGAUUCAUGUCCAUAUUCCCAUUUUCCGCGAUAUAUAAUUUUAUUGCCUAAUGAGCUUCUCACGCACCCGGGCUACCGGGUGCUGCAUUAAACAU